CAGUCGGCGAGACUCUGGCUCUGCAGAGGAAGAUGGCGCCGCGACGAAACAGAGUCUCUACGCUGCCUCGGCUCCAGCUGUGGGUGCUGUUGUUCCUGCCGCUGCUGCUCGUGCCUCAGCCCAUCGCCGGCCAUGGCGGCAAGUACUCGCGGGAGAAGAACGAGCCCGAGAUGGUCGCCAAGCGCGAGCCCGGGGAGGAGUUCCGCAUGGAGAAGAUGAACCAGCUAUGGCAGAAGGCCCAGCGGCUUCAUCUGUCUCCUGUGAAGCUGGCUGAGCUCCACUCUGACCUGAAGAUACAAGAAAGGGACGAACUCAACUGGAAGAAACUGAAGGUGGAAGGGUUGGACAAGGAUGGGGAGAAAGAAGCAAGGCUGAUCCACAACCUCAACGUCAUCUUGGCCAGGUAUGGACUAGAUGGAAGGAAGGACACCCAGAUGGUGCAUAGCAACGCACUCAAUGAAGACAUCCAGGAUGAGCUGGGGGACCCCAGGCUGGAAAAGUUGUGGCACAAGGCAAAGACAUCAGGGAAAUUCUCCAGUGAGGAGCUGGACAAGCUGUGGCGGGAGUUUCUGCACCACAAGGAGAAGAUCCAUGAGUACAAUGUGCUGCUAGACACACUGAGCAGAGCUGAAGAAGGUUAUGAGAACCUCCUCAAUCCCUCUGACAUGAGCCACAUCAAGAGUGAGGCCCUGAGCAGCAAGCAUGGGGAGCUGAAGGACAGGCUGCGGAGUAUCAACCAGGGCUUAGACCGCCUGCGGAAGGUCAGCCACCAGGGCUACAGCCCCACCACUGAGUUUGAAGAACCCCGAGUGAUAGAUCUGUGGGAUCUGGCCCAGACCGCCAACUUCACUGAGAAGGAACUGGAGUCAUUCCGGGAGGAGCUCAAGCACUUCGAGGCCAAAAUCGAAAAGCAUAACCACUACCAGAAGCAGCUGGAGAUUUCCCACCAGAAGCUGAAGCAUGUGGAGAGCAUCGGGGACCCCGAGCACAUCAGCCGCAACAAGGAGAAGUAUGUGCUGCUGGAGGAGAAGACCAAGGAGCUGGGCUACAAGGUGAAGAAGCAUCUGCAGGACCUGUCCAGCAGGGUCUCGAGAGCUCGGCACAAUGAGCUCUGAGGAGAGGAGCCAGCAGCUGCAGUCCCCAGAGGCUCUUGAAGAUCCCGGGAGCCGCCAGCGUGUCAUCUGCAUGCACAGACCUGUGGUAGCUGGUGUAGCUGGCCACAGUGACGUGGCGAUUUGGACACAUCAGUAUGAUCCUGCCGUGUGGUUGGCAAGAACUUCUUUCAAGUGUGGCUGUCAUCACCCUGGAUGAGGGCCUUGGGUCCAGCUACCAAUGAGAUGUGACUAUCCUCCAUGCUGCAACAACCCAGUUUACACUGAAAUUAUAUAAAUCUGUCACUGGAAUGUUAUAUAUGGAGUCCUUAAAUACAUGGCAGGAUUUUGAGCCA